GAAGGUACUGAAGAUGCAAAAAGGAGGAAAAAACCUUCAAGCACCAGAAGCCAAAGUCCAUGUCCAGCUCAUGAUAGAUGUUCUGUUGUAGAAGAUGAACCAACUGAAGCAGCAGAAGGAGAGAGAAAAAUAUCUACUUCAAGCACUAUCAGCCAGGAUCCAUGUCCAGUUGCUGAUAGAAGUACCACUGUAAAAAAUGAGCAGACUAAAGCAGCAGAGGGGGAAAAAAAAUCUACUUCAAGCGCGAGAAGCCACCGUUCAUGUCCAGAAAAUCUACAGACUGAACAACCAGUGGAGGGUAGAAGAACAUCUUCAUCAAGCAUGAGAUGUGUUCCAUUGCCAGCUUAUGAAUUCAACUGUCUGAAAGGAAGUAUGCCUGGUGCAUAUGAAGAUUCUGAGCACAGAACUAGGACAACAGAAUCUAGUGAUCAAAUGUUUGUGGAAAAAUGUGAUGCUGAAUGUCAAUUCAGUUAUCCAGCUUCUAGAGAACCAUCAGAAGACUGCAAAAACAAGAAUGAUCCAUGCCUGGAUGAAGUUGAACAAGCAUCAUCAAAUUUUCAAUGCAAAAAUCAAGAAAUUAUUCCAUGUAAUAACUUAUCUGAUAGCACGACCUCAUCUCAGAGUUCUUACCAAGAAUAUCUGUCUACUUUACCAACUGAUAUUUCAACACCAAGAUCUGAGUCAUCUUCACAAACUUCUUCAAGUUCAGAAAUAGCUGAUGAUUUUGGAAACAAGUCUGAAUGUUCUCUAAAUAGCUCAAUACCAAGUGAAGCACUUUUAAACUUAAUGCAGAGUUAUUUUGCAAAUGGAGAUGAUGUUAAGUCUGUAAAGAUUUCAAUCCUUCUGGACAAGUCCCAGAGUGAUGACUUCAGUCAUAGCACUAAUGUAAGAGAAAGCACCAGCAGAAUUUCUGACCAAAUGAAUUCUCCAUCAACUUCUGAAGGAUAUUCCAAAAUGGGAUUAAAAAAUAAUUGUCAUUUUCUGGAUCAUAAAAAUACCUUACAAUAUGUGGGAUCAUCCUUGACUUCACUGGAGCAUCCUGCAAGAAACUGUACUAGCCUUGAUUCACCAGAGUUUGGUUCAUUAAUUCCAGCAAAGGAGGUUGAUUCAAGUGACUGGUACUGCGCAGAUAAGGAACCAUGUAGCAAAGCCACCACAGUUAGAUAUAUGUUUACUGAUAGUGAAACUGAUGCUUAAAAAUGCAAUUGUAGCUAAAAUAUACCUAAAUCACUGAAUUAAAAUCAGUUUAAUUGUACGGCUUGAGUAGAAAUGAUAAACAGAAUAAAACUAAUUUAUUCUACUGACAGCCAACAGAUAAAUAAAAAUCAACUAGUUUUA